AUGUCCUACACCCCACAGACAGAUCUGUGGCUUGAACGAUCUCGUCUUGAUGGAAUGAUAUUGGGUGCUGCAUCCUACGGCGGAUUUUUUUUCCUCACAGUACAAGCCACUACUGCUCUCAUAAAACGACCUCAAUAUGGGGAUAAAAUUCCAGAGUAUCGGAUCGUUCUUCUGUUAUACAUCUUCAUCACGUUCGUGCUGGGCACGGUAGGAUUUGCCGCGAACGCAAAAUAUACGGAGAUGAUCUGGAUAGACCUCCGUGAUGCCCCUGGUGGCCCGGCUGCUCUCAUCGACAACGAAAUGGAUUAUCGUAUCAACGUUCUGGCACUGACCUGUUAUUAUGUCAUGGAAUGGUUUAUGCAAGCCCUGCUUCUUCAUCGUUGUUUUGUGAUAUGGAAUUGGAAAAUAUCUGUAAUGAUCCCGAUGAUCACACUCUAUAUUGCCAUGAUCGCAAUGUCUAUCGUCGUCUUGAUCGAGGCGAGCACUGGCGCUGUAUGGUACAACAUCAACAUCGAGCUUGCCUAUCUCUGCAUCGAAGUGGGACUCACUGUGAUCUACACCAUCCUCGUGGCGAAUCGUUUGCUCGACAUGCGAAGCCAGAUGAAACAGGCCAUCGCCCAUUAUGAUUCUAGUCUCUACGAUACCGUCGUUCUCGUAAUCAUCGAGUCCGCCGUAUUAUACUCUGUCUUCGCUAUUAUCUUCAUAGUUUCCUUUGCUCUGCAUUCUAAUGUCUCCAACCUAUGCUUCCUGUCUAUCAGUCAUGUCCAGGGCAUUGCUCAAUUGCUCAUGAUCAUUCGUGUGGCUCGAGGACGAUCGAUUACACGCGAAUCGGCGACCCGCGUUGCUGCAGUACCUACGUCUAUAGCAUUCUCGAGGACUGUAUUGGACACAGCCGACAUUGAGCGAAUAGCCACACCGGUACCAGAGCAGGACGGGGAUCAGUUGUUGUGUUCUCCUUCGGAGAAGGCGACAGAAGUAAUUGUGCAUAAAGACAAAAACAUGGUGUGA